AUGGUUUUAUGGGAGGUAAUUUGGACAGAUUAUCGUACAAAAAAUUUCCAUAUAUUUUUCGCUGCUGCUGUGCUAUUAAUGCAAAGAGAUAAUAUAAUGAACAAGAAAUAUGAUGCAAAUAGUAUAUUGAAGCAUGUGAAUGAAUUAUCAAUGGAAAUUCCACUAGAAGAAUCCCUUAAUUAUGCUACAGCUUUAUUGUCCCAGUUAGAACGAAUUUCCGAUUCUUUACCGAAAUCCGUACGAAAUGUUAUCGAUGGACAGUCGUUGGCGAUGACUAGACAUGUCAGUGAAUCAAAACAGAAAGGAAUCAAUUAUUCAGAUCUAUCGUCUAUGUACGACUAUUCGCCGACCCUAUUAAAUGAAGAAUUAGAGGUGCUGAUGGAUAAUGAAAUGUAUGAAUGUAUGAAUUUAACACCUUGA